UGAAGAAACAACAGCUGUUCCACCAGGUCCCGAGGAAAUAACUGCAGCACCAACUGAAGAAAAAAUAACUGCUGCAUCAGCUCCGCCAUGUGAGCCUGUUGGUGCCUCGUUUGGAGGUCCUUUGCCGGAUUCCAGCUUCUCGGCUUCAUCUGACGCUGGAGAUAAUUAUGCCGCAUCGAACGGUCGACUUAAUGGCCCGAAGGCAUGGUGUGCGAAAAAUGAAUCCCUGGAUUAUUUAGAGAUCCAGCUGCCCACUGAAAUGGAAAUUUGUGCGAUUGCCACACAAGGAUUGCGCGAGUUAGUGAAUAAAAAAGUGUGGUAUGGUACAGUAUGGUUUGACUUGGAUUCCUGGGUGACAUCUUAUGACGUUUUCAUUUCCAAGAAUGGUGAUGACUGGUCUAAAAUUGGUUUAGAGGGCAACGUCAAUCCAGAGACAGUGUCGAAACAGCGCCUACCAAACCCUGUUGUCGGACGGUUUAUUCGUAUUUAUCCAAUGGAUAGCGUGGAAAAACUUUGCAUGAGGGUAGAAAUAUAUGCGAUUCCAAAACUUCCUCAUCCAACAGGAGAAACCACAGCAGCACCAGGUGAAGAAACAACAGCUGUUCCACCAGCCACAGAGGAAAGUACUGCAGCACCAGGUGAAAAAACAAUAGCUCUUCCAUCAGGUAAAGAGGAAAGCACUGCAGGACCAGGUGAAGAAACAACAGCUGUUCCACCAGCUACAGAGGAGAGCACUGUAGCACCAGGUGAAGAAACCACAGCUGUUCCACCAGCCACAGAGGAAAGCACUGCGGAACCAAGCAAAGAAACAACAGCUGUUCCACCAGCCACUGAAGGUGAACUGCCUACAACAGAACAAGAAGCUGUUACUCCCUCUUCCCGUGUGACCCCACCGGCACCUACAACAGAAGUCAAAACAAAAGGCCUGGACAUAGGAAUAUUGAUUGACAGCUCCUUUGGUUUAACCCCUGCCGAAUUCGAGCGCCUGAAACAAUUCAUAUCACAACUGGUCGUUUCGAUCAAUAUGCAUUUCACAGACGUCCAUUUUGGAAUCAUCGUUUAUAGUGAUCUACCCGACCUUGUUAUGACCCUACAGAAUGUGGAUCGACUGGACGUUGGAUCGGUCAUCGACGGGGUGAAAUAUAUCCCUGGGGAACACGGUAGCGAUCGAUCAAAACGAUCGAUUGAAUAUGGAGGACACCGUACUGAUCUCGCCAUGUUGUACGCCUCAAGGAAGCUGUUCUGUCCCGAGGGAUGCAAGGACCGCCUUGAGGAGGAAAAUGUAAUGAUUGUGUUUAGCUCCGAGAACACUGAUGUCGAAUCAAUACCGUACAGCUUUGUAACGCCUAUAAUGAAGAAUUGCACGUCGAAUAUAAUCGCAGUUGGAAUAAGCAACGAGGUUAGCAUGUCAGAGCUGAUCAAAAUAGCGUUAGGAACACCGGACCGCGUGAUCAAAGUUGCGUCUUCUUAUGAUCUUGAUGAAGAAGCCAUGACAGUGAUUGAAGACAUGAUAGAAAAAGGCUCAAUUGUAUCUACUACGCAAGGUGCCAAUGCGUAGGAGAAAAACCAGCCAAUCACCGGUGGUCUAGUUCAUUUCCACUAUUGAGAUCAUCUAUCUAAUUAACUUGGCUAAUGUCUAGUUACAAGAAUUGGUGAAGGAUGUAACUAUUUGCGUGGAAAUUUUGAAAUGGUGUACUUUGAGAUACAAAGGGCAUUUUGUUGAUUUAUGGCUAAGACGGGAGUAUCUUUUGAACGUGAAAACCGUAAAAAACAAGGGAAAUUUUAAAAGAAUUUAAAAGGGUUAACUUACAUUUCGCAAAUGACGAAAAUUUAAAAUGACAAGUAAUCAAGGGAGACACUUAGGUCACGUGAUUUAGCUGACAAAUCACACCUCAUUCUAGCAAAAGACAAAAAGGCAAACUUUCAUGCUCAACUGACAGUUACGAAUUUACCUGAAAUGUGUAAGGCAAAUUCUGUACACCCUCAUGAAGCAAACCAACGAUCACAUUAACAAACGAACGACAAAAAUCUGGCAUUAUGCUAGCAGUUCAAUGAAUCAAAUGACUUAACUUAAUUUCUAUUUUUUUAUCGUAUUGAUAUUUUGUUCCUAGAGUAGCUACUAACUUGUCAAGUUGACUAAAAUCCUUGUGGUUACUCUUAACAGUAAUUAGAGGGGACAAUUUUGUGUAAUGCGGCAUUAGCAUUCAAAAGCGAAUAUCUUCGAAAUAAGGUGUAGCUGCAUUAAUUUAAGCAAUUUACAAAUUAAUACCUUUGCUGAAUUCAAGGUAGUGUUAUAAGGAAGCAAAUAAUGUGAAUAUACAUUCUUUGUUAUGUAAUUAUCAAUGAUUUCUUCGUAGGCCCCUUAAAAUCAGUAUUCUUGAGAAACUGAGGGGAAUUGUUACGCUAUUUUUUUAAUGAUCUCUAACAAUUGUGCUGUCAAGCCAUAAGAAUUUGUAGUAAAUUUGCAAUAAAGAGCUUGAUAUUCUUAUUUGUACAGUUUCUUGAUAUGUCAAAACCCAUUUGUUAACUUACAAGUGAGGAAUAUAUUCUUGCAGUUUUCCUCGCGGGUGUAAGCAUUUUACUAAAUGGAGAGAGAUAAUAUGUGCUCUGUAUUGUUUCCUUGGAUACGACACUUUAACUCUCACAGUGCCUUCUUCCACAUCCACCCAGACACACCACAGCCUAGUUCCCAGGGUCCUCUCCUUUUAGUCCCCUCUCGCUCAAGGAGAUGUGAAGAAGAGGACCCUGGGAACGAGGUUUAACAAUAAAUGGAUAAUCAAACAAAUGCUGACUGCACAGGAGCCCAUGCGUUCCCAUGGUAGGUAAAGAUAACCUUCCGGAUGUAAUAACAUUCCCCCCAGGGGAGUAGCACUAUUUUUAAUUGCUUCAUGCUACACAGCAAAGACAGGAGCAGAGCGUCUAAACGCACUAAGACGCCGCCUGGCGCCUUCGACUCCUAAGACUGGAGCAAGGUCUACCUUCACCUUCUGCUACCAUGCAGCUUGCUUUUCCUUAUAGACUGGAUGCGUGCGCGAUAUCGUUUCAGACGGUUUUGAUACUAAAUAUUACGACCCUGCUGAUGAGUAUAAAUUCUAAAAUACAAC